AUGAUCGACAACGCACUUUAUGGAUUCACCCGGAUCCCGAAGUCUGAAGAUCAUGGAAUUACUUUGGAUGUGUUUAAGAACGGGGAACCGGUGGAUCCAGACAAGCCAUCGGUGCAUGGGCGUAGAUCAUACAUCGACCACAUCCUGAUCCCAGCCAAUAACUGGGAUCAACUAUGUGAUCGAGUUGAAGGUGUAGUCGAAGCGUGCGAUAAGUGGAAUCUGUUGAUCAGUGUGGUCAAGAGUUUCUGGGGAAUGCCUAAUGUGGAAUAUCUGGGUCAUAAGGUCUCCCACAAUGGACUGGAGGUGAACUCGAAAGACCUGUCGACAUUGACGGAUCUAGCAUUUCCGGGAUCACUUAGAGCCAUGCAGUCAUUUUUGGGAAGUCUAAACUAUUACAGCCGAUUUAUCGAAGGCUACGCGAUCUACGCGUCAGUUCUGUAUGAGUUAGGAGAAAUCGACGUUGCUGUGAUGAUGAAAGAGACCACCCAAGCGCAAAUCCAACAAGUGUUGAAGGCGGAGAAUGCUGAUCAAGGAUCGCGGGAAGAUCAGGAAGUCGACCACCGAAAGACUUUGGAUCCGGAGGCGCCAUACUGA